AUGUCUUCAAAGUUGAUAGAUGAAAAUGAUAUCCAAAUUAUUGAUGGAAAUCAAGAGCUUACAAUUGACAUGACAAUAGAAGUUGAAUUUACUCAUCUAUUUCUAAAAAUAGGAGUAGAUAGAAUUAAAAAUAUCAAAUCUUACAACGCAAAUUCUAUUUCAAAGUUUACUAAGUCUCAAAUCCAAAUUAUUCUGGAUUAUUUUGAUAGAUCUGGCUAUACUGAUAUGGAGCUAAAAAAGCCUAACUCAUAUUCUGGAUGCAAAAAUACAGAAAAAGUGAGACCUAAAGUCCUACUUGAGAAAAGUUAG